GCAAUAAAACCUCACCAACCUAUGACACCAUCAUUCUAUUUAUAGUCAUCCAUCACUUAGUAAUUUAUUUUCAACUUUAGUAUUCAUAUUUUGGUUACAUAUAUUUCAAUAACUCAGUUCCAUUUCCAACCACAAUUUUUUUGGGAGCAAAAUGGCUGGAGAAGUUGUUCUUUUGGAUGCCUAUGUGAGCAUGUUUGGGAUGAGGGCUAGAAUUGCACUAGCUGAAAAGGGUAUUCAGUAUGAAUACAAGGAGCAAGAUUUGAGUAACAAAAGUUCACUUCUACUACAAUUGAACCCAAUUCAUAAGAAAAUCCCAGUCUUGAUCCACAAUGGAAAACCAGUUUGUGAGUCCUUAAUUAUCGUUCAGUAUAUAGAUGAGGUUUGGAAGGAUAAAUCCCCUUUGAUGCCCACUGAUCCUUAUAAGAGAGCACAAGCUAGGUUCUGGGCUGAUUUUAUUGACAAAAAGGUAUAUGACAGUGGAAGGAGAAUAUGGACUACAAAAGGAGAGGACCAAGAAACAGCCAAGAAAGAAUUUAUAGAGUGCCUAAAAUUGUUGGAAGGAGAGUUGGGAGACAAGCCAUACUUUGGUGGGGAAAUCUUUGGAUUUUUGGACGUGGCACUAAUUCCUUAUUAUAGCUGGUUCCCUACUUAUGAAAAAUGUGGAAAUUUUAGCAUAGAGGCAAAGUGUCCAAAGUUGGUGGCAUGGACCAAGAAAUGUGUGCAAAAAGAGAGUGUUGCCAAAUCUCUUGCUGAAUCAGACAAAGUUUACGACUUUGCUCUGCAGAUGAAACAACGUUUGGGCAUUGCUUAGAAAAAUCAUUUGAAACAGCUGAAAAUAGGGUAAUAUUGUUAGGUGUGUGUUGCUGUGGUUUAUGUUUCUGCUUGAUGUCGAAUAUCACUAGUAGUUUUACUAUAUGUAGUUUCUGUUAAACGAAUAAAUGUAUAAAUUCUACUGAUAGAAUAAAUGUUCUCUAGAAUUGGAGUUCCAUUGAA